UCUAUCUAUUAUUGCUCUAUUUAAAACUUAGUUAUUCAAAAAUAAUAACAUAACUACAAGCAGUCAAAUAUUAUGAAAAUAAAAAAAUAAUCUGAAUUACUACAAUAUAUCAUGCCAAUAGAUAGGUUGCAUUUUUAGAAAAAUUUUAAUACCCCUUUCGUAUUUUUUUAUCUAAAAUAAAUUAUUUAUAAUUUUUUUAGUUUAAAUUUGAAUAUUAUUAAUUCUCACAAAAUACAAAACCACCUUAGAAACCAUCCCAAGAUUCAAAUUUGUAUGGUUUUAAUAGUUGGAUGGUCUAUGUUAUUCGGUUUUGUAGUUAAAUGUUGGAAAUCAAACUUAUGCGAUAGUUCGAUAGUGUAAAGUGGACUUUUCCCUUUAAAGAAAGUUGGGCAAUAUUUUAACAAUGGACGUUGACGGAUGUGUGUCUAUAUAAGGAAUUUGAAAGUGACAAAAUACUAAGCUAAUGAUUGAUCAUAAUAAUGUUAACCUGAACUUCUCUUGAGAUAAAAAAAAAGAGUGGAAUUCAACUCAAACAUAAGUAAAACUCACAGGUUAUUCCCAACAUUUUUUUUGGAAUUACAAUUACGUCACGACUCACGAAGGAACACGCACAGACGAGUAUGUGAACGAGCAUGUGAGCCGAGGGGUAGUUUGGACCUUCCACGAUGUAUACUGCAGGAGGUGAAAAUCAUUUGACUCGUGUCGCUUGCUCUGCUCGCUCGCAACGGAAAACAGGGGGCACAAGGAGAAAGGCAGAAAGCCCCCGUUCCUCCUCGGCUCCUCCCUCUCCCCUGACCUGCCAAUCACCCACCCCCCUCUCACCUUCUCCAAUCAAGGCAUCUCGUCUCCCUGGUCUAGGACUCGCACCGCGGCGGCGCAAUGGACAUCGUGGUGUGUGAGAUAUGUGGCAGUAGUAGCAGGCCUGAGCUUAUUGCAAACUGUGCUCGGUGCAAUGCUUAUGAGCACUGGUACUCCUUGCUAUCUAGUUUUUGCCCCUUUGUUUUUUCAAAUCCUAAGUUCUUGAAAAAUCUACUUAUACAACUGGCCAUCUGCCUUGCAUAUGUGUGUGUUUAUGCUGAUUAAUUGCUUGACAUUUUUCUACAUAAUGAUGUCUUGAGAGCAGGAACUAGCAAGAGAAGUAGAUGAUAGCUGAAUAUCUGUAAUGAUAUGAAAUCAGUAUGGCUUCAGGAUAGAUAUGUGUAUGAAUUAUGCUUGAAACUUUCUUAGCUACUUUAUAAUGUGUUAUUUCUAUUUAAUUUACUCUGUGGUAAUAAAGUUAUUUAAAAUGAAUGUGCAAUUUUUUUUAUUUAGCUCUCUGAGAGUUUUGUCGUUUUCCAUUCGAAGUUAUUGUAUGCAGGUGGUGACAUAUGUGAUUCCACAUGAAUGGUAUUGUGCCGGAUGCCAGGAAUAUGCUAACGGGUGCCCAAAACCUAGUCAAAGUGGGCAAACUCAGCUCCAAAACCCAUGGCAUGGUUGUGAUAGCAUGAAGGAAAGGGAAACUGUGAAGUUGAACCUCAGUCACAGCAAUGUGGUGAAUCAAAUUGAUCCCAGAUCUUCAAAUAAAUUUGGAAAUGCUAAAGUGAAAUUCAUUUCUUCUGAAGAAGUGGCAUCAUUGAGUAGAGAGAGGCCAUCGUAUGUUAGGUCAAGGUUUGCUGUGCAGCGAAGUAAGGUUCACCCGCCAUCUCCUCCAAAUACAAAACACUCAUCCAAUUUGAAGUGUGUAUCCCCCAGCAGGAGUGACACACAAGUGCAAGCUCUGAAACGAUGUGCUGUUGCAAAUCAUGAUCAAACGAAAAUCGUGCAUAGGUCAUAUUUAGCUACUCAGCAAAGACGGGUUCAUCCUGCAUCUCCUCCAAGCGUGAAGCAGCCAUCCAAUAUGAAAUCAAUAUCCCCCAGUAGGAGUGACAUGCAAGUGCAAGCCCUGAAACAAUGUGCUGCUGCAAGUCGUGAUCAGGCAAAGAUUGAGGGCAGGCCAGAUUUUGCUAUACGGCAAAGACAAGUUCAUCCUGCAUCUCCUCCGCAUGUGAAACAGUUGGCAAAUAUGAAGUGCAUAUCCUCCAAUAGGACUGAAACGCAAGUGCAUAGCAUGAAACAAUCUGCUGCUACCUAUCAGGAUCAGGCGAAGAUUGAUGGCAUAAGCAUGAAAUGGGACACGAGAGCUGGUGGUUCCAUGUCUACAAUUCAUAGAUGUAGAACAAGUGAACUGGUUAAAGUAAAUGUUGACUCCAUGUUUGAACAAGAAGCUAGAGAAAUGAAGAUAGUGAAAGCACAUGAAGGCGAAAUCAACUCUGAGAUUGAGGAUGGGCCUAGGGAAACUGGAACAUUAUGUGCUUCAGACGGUGAUACUGUAAGCAAAUCUGAAACGGAGAGUCUGAACCAGAAUAGAGACGUGAUACUCUGCAUCGAUUCAAGUGUGGAGUAUACAAGACGCCCACCACGUGCCAUUUGUUGGAAGGGAUGCUUUCAUGUCUUGGAUGCUGGAGCAAAUCUUAAUCUUGGUGAAUUUAAAGCCCAGUUUCCAUCAAAAGUGUCAUCCAAAGUUUAUGAUAUUGUCAAGAUGAUACCCAAUAAUCUACAAUUGCAGUUAUUACCUCGAAUGAAUGACUGGCCAAAGUCUUUUGAGAUUACCAAUCCAGUUUACGAAGACAUUGGCUUGUUCUUCUUUUCUAAUGAACCUGAUGGGCAUGAAAAACACUCUGAUUUAUUGGAAGCCUCCAGCAAUUAUGUUCUAAGGGCGUAUAUUGAUGGCAUAAAGUUGUUGAUAUAUUCCUCGGAAGUGCUUCCUCCUGAUUCUCAGUGGAUAGAUGGUGAGAACUACUUAUGGGGGGUGUUUGUAAGAUCGAAGGGAAAGAGAGAUCCUCGGCAAUUCGGUUCAACCACUACAUGACCAUUUCAUUUCCCUGGGCAUGGUAGUGUACAAGAGCAAAAAGGUAGUCAAAUCCAGAGGUGGUCAAGUGGACUCUCCUUUAUAUGUACUAGUGGCAUCUUCAUAUUGUAAUACAGUCAUCGCACUUUUUUGUGUCCAUCUGAUUCUGACCUUGUAACCGAAGGGAGAAGCUCGAGCUCCAUCAUUCGGGAGGAUUUUGCCGUGCUGGUCUAACAAUACAUUUUUUUUUUGGUUCUGAUCUGAAACUGCUCCUGUAUAGCAUGGCAACCAUCAGCCUAGCAAACUCUUGCAGUCUGCAACUUGCUCUGUGAUGUAUAUCCGUUGUUUACCACAUUUGCGUGGUUGAUCUACUGUGAUUGAAUGGUGCGAAACGGAGAGCUGUACUGUUUCCCCUUUAUCACUGUUUGUGUUGUAAAAAUUGAAAUGUAUAAAAGCAGGCAUAGUAGUCAUAAAAGCAGGAAUAGUAGUCGGCAAGUCGUAGUUCAUAUAGUCUUUUUAUUUGGCAGGUAGUUCAUAAAGUCGAGAGAAAGAGAGAUAUUAUUUUUUGAGUGGUCUUUUUUAUUCAA